CUCAUCCACGAUUCCCCGUUUGCCAGAGCUUUUUCAAAAAGGCGCUCACUAUGGAUGUCUCAUCACUGAAUGAAGGCCAGUCGUAUAUAAGAGCUGGUCUCGUGCCCUCCACCCUCUCACACUUCCUACCCUGAUUCUUCUUCCAUCGUGGAGAUUGCACAGCCGAAAUCAGCGUGAAGAUCGUAUUCGGACGCUGCCAACACUGGAAGUGUCCACCCGUUCGGUUGUCUUCUGAGCUAUCACAAUGACUCCCCUUCAGCGCCGGCCGAUGCAGCACAUCGAUCGCAAGGACCUCUACAUUAACCUUGAGGCGCGAAUCCAGUAUUUGCACUCAUUCCUCGACUUCAGCUCCAAUGACAUUGAGGCUCUCAUCACUGGUAGCAAGUACAUCAAAGCGCUAAUCCCCGCAAUCGUAAACAUUGUCUACAAGAAGCUCCUCCAAUAUGACAUCACGACCCGGGCGUUCGAGACUCGCUCUACCUCGUACGAAGGACCUGUCGACCCGAAUCUUACCGAGAACUCACCACAAAUUCUUCACCGGAAGAUGUUCCUGCGUGGCUACCUGAAUAAGCUAUGCAGCGAUCCAAGUAGAAUGGAGUUCUGGGAAUACUUGGACAAGGUUGGGAUGAUGCACGUCGGCCAAGCACGAAUUCACCCACUUCAUAUCGAGUAUGUCCAUAUUGGAGCGACGUUGGCCUUCAUCCAAGACGUGCUCACCGAAGCCAUUCUCUCGCACCCACGACUGAGACUGGACCGGAAGAUUGCGCUCGUGAAGGCUUUGGGCAAGGUCAUCUGGAUCCAAAACGAUCUCUUCGCAAAAUGGUACGUCCGCGAUGGAGACGAGUUUGCAGACGAGGUCAUCAUUCCCGAGAUCGAGCGUGAGGGGUACUUACAUGGAAAGAAAAUUCUACACGAUGGCAGUGAGAGCGAGAGCGAAGCGGAGUCUGCGGAGUCUUCAGGAGGGUGUCCGUUUAAAGGAAUGGCAGUGAACACGAAUGGUGGAGAUGUUGCUGGGAUGACAAGAAACAUGGGCAGGAUGAACGUGCGAGAGAAUGGAAAUGGUGGAUCGAAUGCCGAAGCCUCUCGGAGCAAUAUUGCGUCACCUGCACAACCUGCUACCCCAACUCCCACGCCUGCAUCGCCAAGCCCGAAACCGUUUGUUUCCAGCGCGAUCCCGCGACCUACCGGCGGCAGCCCAUAGACUCAUUGCGACAUGCUCAUUCCCGUCCUUAAGCUACGGCCAAUGAUUGAAUUCAUGGGUUUCCGUGUUCUUUGGAGGUCAGACAAGGCAUCUGCCUUGCCAUAUGGGUUGUUUCCAUCGCGACUUUACACUGGGGUUCACAAAAGGUGCACUGUUCUACUUUUCCCUUUCCAAGACUCUCAGGUUAGUCGGGAGUAAUUAUCAACAUGAUCUUAAUCUAAGUUAUGUUGCCCUCACAUGCUGCAUCUUGUCACCUAACGUGGAACAGGACAGCAGUAAUUUAGGACAGAAAUUUGCAUCCAAUCGACAAUCCACAUCAUUCUAGCAAGCAGUGUAGUAGAGAAACUCUGCCUUAAUUAUGUUCCACAUCAAAAAAAUAAUAUGCUGUAC